AUGUUGAACCCCCGAUUGGCAGGACUGAAGACUGACAGGUCGCUGGUCCGGGUCCGGGGAGGGGGGGAUGAGCUUCCCAUGUUAGGUCCAGCUCCUCAGGCUGCUGUGGGCUCUACUCGCAGGGCAAGUAAGAAACAGUUGUUCAAGUCUCUCUUGUCCCGGGUUUCUAUUAUAGAGUCGGCCUCAGCUGCGAGGGCAGAAAGGGCAGUCCGGUUUCCUGAACACCUGGCGGUUCCGGGAGCUGCGGAGGGCUCGGCUGGGGUGUCUUCGGCUGUGCAGGCCAUCGCCAGCACUGAGGCACUUCCAUUGGUGCAGGCCUCGUCUGGCUCCUCGGUGGCUGCUGUGGCCGGACCCAGUCAGCCCGCGGCAUUGGCCUCUGCGGCCAGUGCUGCGGCCGGGUCCACUCAGUCGGUGGGGUCGACGGUUGCUGCCGUGGAUGUAGCAGUGAGUGAGCAGUUGUUGACGGCUGUCCCAGCAGGGACUGCCAGGCUGGUGCAUAGAUGGAGAAUCCUUGUUGUGGGCAUAAUUAUGUCCACUGGGCGGAGAGAUACGCCGGGAACUCGUCCUUUGGCCAGCGUCUGGGUGCGCUUCCACUGCAUUGGUCGAGUGGAAGGGUGUUCGAGGCCUUCGUUGGGCCGCUGCUCCGUAUCGGAGAUUUCUAAAUCAGAUUUUGAUCCUGUCCUCUGGAGAAAUGUCUACAAAUUUGAUAAGCAUGCCCUCUAUUUCACCAUCUAA